AUGAAGCUCUCCCUGGUAUUUGAGUUGCUUCUAAUAUUCAUUCUCUUAGCAUUUGCUGCUUCAAAAAGUAUUAAACAUCAGAAACACCAUGUCAAGAAACAAAUUGAAAACCGUAACGAUAACAGUGCAGGAGAUAAAAUCGAAGAGAACAACAUCAACAAGUACUGCAAGUGCGUAGAAGCCUUCUGCAACUGCUGCAAAGACUUUCGACUGCCUGUUGUCGAACUAAACGGACCAGGAUGUGCCUCGCUGAUGUAUCUUAAUGGAGACAAAAUGUCUGUAUCGUUAAGCUUUGGAAAAAAGGUUAUCACAAAUCGGACUCUUUCAAGCCGCAAACCUAGUCCAGUCUGCAUGCCGUUACCAGGUGGACUAUCCAAAUUCUGUGGAAGAGUUUAUAAUAUAGCAAGAGCUGGUGAGGAGUUCAGAGCAUGUCUUGGUUUAGAACUCCAAUCAAAGAAGACGGUGGAAGCUGCUGUCAGAGUGUCCUGUUUUAAGUUUGGCCCCCGUGGUGUAACUUCCGAGCCUGCUGAUCCAUUACCAUUAGUUCCAAGAGAUGAAAGGAAUGACGAUGAUGACGACGACGACGAUGAUGAUUAUGAUGCUUUUGGCCUAGCUGCUGGAGUUGAUGAUGAUGAUGGUGACGACGAUGACGACGACGAUGAUGAUGAUGACGACGGGACAAUUGAUGCUGUGAAUGAUAUUGGCAGUACGGAUUAUACAGGUUUUAGUCUUCUGGGAGAAGACAUAUUAGGAGAUCUGUUUGGUUCAACAUCUUCUAAGAAAACCAUUAAAAAAAAGAACAUUAAGAAACAGGCACCGACAUCAUCAACGACGACAACUAAGAAACCAAAACGGACGCGACGACCUGCAAGAAAACCUAGUACUAAGAGUACUACAACAAGUUCAACUACAACACGUCCAACUACAACACGUCCAACUACAACCCGUCCAACUACAACACGUCCAAUACGUUCCACUACAACUAAAAGACGUCGACCAACCGGAAAUAGACGCCCUACCCGCAGACCCACACCCAAUCGAAGACGAAAGCCAACUACAGAGAAUACAUUAACAUUGGUCUUAACAACUACUACAAAACCAGUAGUAAGUACAGUAGCAGCUGCAGUUCCAACUACGGAGCUUACCUCUCUCAUGAAUACAAUACAAACAGCAAAUUUGGCUGCACCGUCAGUUCUUGAUGACGCGUAUUCUGUAUCAGUAUUGCCAGCCACUACGCCUAAAAUCGUAUCAGACUUUGAAGAUCCGGGCUUAGAAAUGUCACUAGCGCACAUUACAGGUCAAUUAUCUGCAAUGCCUACGGGCAUUACGCCAAUAAUUGCAGAUGAAAGUAAACAAUCAGCUGUAAUAAAUAACGCAGAAGAAAUAAAAUAUGAAAAAGUUCAGACUAUUACACCUAAAACUUCAUCAACCAGACCUUUCGCUUCUUUUUCUGAGGAGGAUUUCGUUACAGAUGAUAUUAUACCAGUAGGGCAAAAUAUUGAAUCGCAAGACAUGAUAUUAGAAAGUGAACAUAAUUCUGAUAAUGAAAGUGGGGAUCAUAAAUACAACACUGGUUAUUUAAACAGCGAUGGUUAUACAGGGAAUACCUCGCCAAAAAAGACUAAAAGCAAGCAAUUUAACUUGGAUGAUUUGGAUGUUCUAGAUUUGAGCAAAAUUGGUGAGAGUUUGGGUAGUGAGUUAGGCAUAUUUAGAAAAAAUAAAAAGCACAAAGAUAACAAAAAUCUGGCAAGUCGCCCAGGAAAAGAACAUAAAGACGAUUAUGAUGACCUCUUUGACGCAAUUGGACAUACAUUAAUGAUGAAUAAAUCUGACAAAGGUCACAAACCGUACGAAAUCAUAAAGUUUAAAAUACCUCGAGACAUUUGGCAAAAAGCGCUGCACCCUACGCCUGUGCUUAAAUCAUCUGUCACUGUAACUAUUCCUAUAGAUGUGCAAGAUAACAGUAAUGAAGAAGACGAAGAUGCAGUGGACGAUGAAGCCCCAGAGCUAGAUGUGGAUACCGUGGACACUGAAGUUACGCCUGGUUUAGAUGAUCCCGUUCCUGUUGUAAGCAGUCCCACUACACCUGCUUCAAUAACACAAAGUCCUGUGCUGCAAGAUGAAAUAAUAACUGAAGAACCACCAGUUCCUGGACAAGUAACAAGAUUGCCAUGUGAGUGCCGAAAUAGACAUUGUGGCUGCUGUACUGGAGCUUUAAUGGAAAGAUUUAGGAUGAAAACAUGCGGCAACAUUACUUUUGUUCCAGAAGAUUUUGUAUUUGAUGUGAAAUUGAAUGUGAACAAUAGAACUGUUGUAAGAAGACGAGUUUCAGCUAGCGACCCGCCACCGAUAUGCUUCAACCCUAGAAGAGCCCCAUUUGUUCAAGUGUGUGCGGAAAUCUCGAAUAUACAGAUAAGAAACAAAAAUGUACACGCUUGUUUUGACAUCAAUGCAAAUAUCGCAGAUUUUCCCAUUUUCUCAGCCCCAUUUCGUUGUUUUAGCCUUGGAGCUUCAGGUCUACAGAGUGGGAAAAAACCCAGACCAGUAUCUUCAUCGGGCCCGAAGCCUGUGAAUCUCUUUGGUAAUACUGACAAACCUGACAACGAUGUGGGAGGCUUGAUAGGGAAUACUGUGGGCUCAGUUUUUGAAAACGGCUUAUUUGGAAUAGGAGGGCAAAGUUCCAGCAAUGACGACGGGCCUUUCGACGGGUUCGGUGAUGCAAUAGGAGACUUUUUGGAUUUUGAAUAG